AUGCCUACCUGUGUAGAGUGUGGGGCAGCCGUGUCCUCAUUGUACACUGAGUACAGUAAAGGCAACAUCCGACUUACAUACUGUGAACAUUGCAAGAAUUUGGCGGAUAAAUAUGUGGAGCAUGAUUUCGUGAUCAUCUUUGUGGACAUGAUCUUGCACAAGAAACCCGUCUACAGGCACCUGCUGUUCAAUCGGUUACCGUACCGAGAUCUGGGAAUCGAUCCGAACGUCUUCAAGUUUGGAGUACUAUUGAUCUUAUUUGACGUCUAUAUCAAAUGGUUCAGACUGGAGCAGGAACCCACGGUGAUCGAUGCAGGGUUUGCACAGCACGCGCUCGUCUUUCAGUACCUAUACAUCCUUUUCCUAUGCAUCAUCGAGUUCUUAUCAUUUCACUUUGGAGUGCGGCUAAUUGUCAGUCUAUGGUAUGGUGGCCGGUACGCCAUCCUCAAAUAUAACUAUAUCACAACGACCCUCAUCAUAUCAAGCUUCGGCAAGAUGCUAUUAAUCCUGAUGGUCAUCUGGGAUUAUACAGAACUGGAGCAUUCGUGGCAUCUCGUCAACCUCAUAGUCCUGACGUCCAAUGUCGAAGCCCUAUCAGUAUUUUUGGACACCGGAUAUCUGCAGACAACGCUAGUCAUCGCAUUUGGACUCAUGUGCAGGAUCUUGAUGCAGAUUGCGUUCACGAGUAUCACGGGUGAUUCUGCCCUAGUGACCAUGGCCAGCAUGUAG